UACAAAGCCACCGGCCGCCGCUCGCUCGCUUCCAUUCCAACCGAUGACGCUUGACCGGUAACAGAGAGCCUUGCGUGUGCAGGAUGCGAUGAGAGGCAGGUCGUCGCUUGUGUCUCCGCGGGUGUCACCUCCGUCAGGAUGCAGACUGCCUACGCCCGUAUGGUCUACGACCGCCACCAGCAGCGGUUGCAUCGGCGGGACGGCGGGGAGGUGACUCGUGCGACCACCAUCAAACACUGGCUCAAGGAUGCGUGCAGGAAGCUCAUUGCGUUUAUGUUUACGCAGGUGGGCGUGUGCGGGCUGGUCGUCGCCUACAACAUCGUGGGCGCCUUUGCCUUCCGCGCUAUCGAGGGCGACCACGGCGACGGAACUCCCGAAGAACUGGCCAGGGACCUUCGGGAGACGCUGGUGGGACGCCUGUGGAACGUCACCCUCAGGCUGAACGUGCUGGAGGAGGACCAGUGGAGGAAGGAGGUGGUAGGGGCGCUCGAGGAGUACCAGGGCAGUGUGGUACCCCUGGUGAAGACGAAGGGUUACCGGGGUGUCCAUCCGACGGAGGCCUGGUCGUUCUCGGCGAGUUUGAUGUACUCGCUCAGCGUCUACACGACUAUAGGCUACGGCAACAUGACCCCCCGCACUGAAUGGGGCAAAAUCACCACCAUCCUGUAUGCUAUCAUAGGCAUGCCUCUUAUGCUUCUCUACAUGUCCAACGUCGGGGAGAUUCUUGCCAAAGCGUUCAAGUUCCUCUACUUCAGGGCUUGCAGGUGUGACAUCGGGUCCCUCGGCUACUACAGAUCGGCGAGCGGUACAAUCAGACCCGUGACUGCUUCCCCACCGAGAGGCAACUCUGUAAAGACGUCGUCGGGAGAGAAGCCUCGGCCGCGGACCAUCCCCAUCACGUGGUGUCUCCUCGUCAUCGCCGUCUACGUGUUCUGCGGCGGCCUCGUGUUCUCGCAGUGGGAGCGGUGGUCGCUGCUCGAUGCCUGCUAUUUCUCUUAUAUUUCCCUCAGCACCAUUGGGUUCGGUGAUCUGGUUCCGGGUCGCACAGUAGCGGGCCAGGACGAUGCCAAGCUGGUGGAAUCACAACAAAUCAUCUGCACCGUUUACCUGCUCGUCGGAAGCGCUCUGGUGGCCAUGUGCUUCAACCUCAUGCAGGAGGAGACGAUCGAAAACCUCAAGAGCUUCUGGAGAAACUUGGGUUGUCUUAGAAGGCAGGAGGUUGAGGACCCGGAUGUUGAGCUCCGCGAUCAUAUUCAAGGGGAUGGCGGUUGAGGUUGAUAUUGAGGGUGUCUGUC